AAUCCUACAUUCUUCUCCCAAACCCUCAAUCAGAGCUUGCUUCUCUUUCUCCCAAAUCCACUCCCCCUUCUUCCAACCCUCAAUCAGAGCUUGUUUAUCCUGUGUGAAAGAUUCUUCCCCUAAACCCCAUUAUAUGUGCGAAAAUGGGAUCCGAAGCUAUGGUUCCAGAAUGGGCAUCGGAGCCUUGCAUAAUGGGAAUCGACGAAGCCGGAAGAGGUCCCGUUCUUGGUCCUAUGGUCUAUGGCUGUUUAUACUGUCCUCUCUCCUAUAAGAAAACCCUAGCUACUUUGAGUUUCGCCGAUUCUAAGACUCUGAAGGAAGAGAAGAGGGAGGAAUUAUUUGAAGCUUUGAAAGGCAACGAUUCUAUUGGAUGGGCUGUUGAUGUCAUUGAUCCAAAGGAACUCUCUGCUAAAAUGCUCAAGAAGAAUAAGAUAAACUUGAAUGAGAUAUCACAUGACUCUGCUAUGGGCCUCGUUGAUAGGGUCCUCAAAAUCGGAGUGCUUCUAACCGAGGUUUAUAUUGAUACGGUCGGAGAUCCAGGGAAAUAUGAGGCAAAAAUGUCUAAAAAUUUCCCAUCUAUCAAAUUUGUGGUUGCUAAGAAAGCUGAUAGUCUUUAUCCUGUUGUCAGUGGUGCAAGUAUAGCUGCAAAGGUUACGAGGGACCGAGCUGUAAGAGAUUGGGUGCUCGAUGAGACUGCUGAUAAUAUACACAGGAACUUUGGUUCUGGAUAUCCUGCAGAUCCCGCAACCAAGUCUUGGCUAGAAAAUCACAAACAUUCUAUCUUCGGUUUUCCAACAUUGGUUCGGUUUAGUUGGGGAACUUGCAGCACUUAUUUUAAAAGUGGUAAAUAG